UCUUCAGUCACGUAUACAAGGCCGCCAUAUCGUCUCCGUUUGAAAUAUGAUUGAACCAGCCGCAGAGAGCGGGAAAUGAAGUAAUGAGCAAAAUGGCGACCGAGGAACCCGCGAACGAAACAGAGCUGCUCGCGGUUGACGAGAGUCUGAUGAGCUUGGAAAAAUUGGAUCGAGCAUCGCCGGACCUGUGGCCCGAACAAACGAAUGAUGAAGUUCCAGGUGUGAACGAAUACGUCGCUCAAAAUUCUCCACAAACCGAACCACCUUCGUGGUCAGCGACUCUUGCAGCUGAUGAUAUAAAUAAACUCCAUCAGCUGGGUAACCUUUCAAUGACUGGUCUUAUUACCGAAGUUAAAAAACUCCACGAUACAGCGUACCAACUGGGGUUGGAAGAGGCCAAAGAAAUGACUCGUGGGAAAUAUUUAAACAUAUUUAAACAUAAAUAGUAUCAUAAAAUUAGAAUAAGUGUACUUAUGUAUGUAUGUAAAUAUUUUUUUCAAUGAACUCUUUAUAGAAA